GGGCCGUGACAAGGCGGAGCUCACUGUGACGGACGCUGCAGAUCCCUAAGAUUUUUGAAGGCCGCAACGGAAACGUGUUAAAAACUGUAACGAAGCGCUUAGCCCAACACCUUGUACACAGCACGCGGCAACAGCCUCGGCAAAGCGCCGCUCGCGCCCUCAAGAAGCCCCCAGACGUCCAGGCCCAUCCCGGCAUCCUUUGCGCCGCGCACGGGAAAGCUGCGGCACGUUUUGGCCUCUUCGGCCGCCGUCGGCCCUACGUUGCUAUGGAAACGCAGUUGGCCUCACUAUGUCGUUGCAACAGGCCCCUCAGUCGCGGGUGUUCGUGGAACUGGUUCCCUGGGCUGAGCGGGGCCGGGAGAACAGCCUGGUCUCGGGCGGAGAAACGCUGCCUGCUCUCCGCCGCCCCCUCCCCUCAGCACAGGGCCAAAGUGCGCCCCGCGAGGUGCACGUCAGCGGCGCCGCGGAGGUGUCUGCGAGCCCCGACCGGGCGCAGCUGGCGGUGCGAGUGAGCAGCACCAAGGAGGCGGCGGCCGAGGCCAAGAGGAGCGUCGGCCGCCGCCUGGACUACAUCACGCAGAGCCUCCAGCAGCAGGGUGUGCAGGCAGAAAAUGUAACAGUGACAAAAGAUUUUAGAAGAGUGGAAAAUGCUUAUCACCUGGAAGCAGAGGUCUGCGUUACAUUUACUGAAUUUGGAAAAAUGCAAAAUAUUUGUAACUUUCUUGUUGAAAAGCUAGAUAGCUCUGUUGUCAUCAGCCAACCCCAGUUCUAUCAUACUCCAGGUUCUGUUGAGAAUCUUCGACGGCAAGCCUGUCUUGUUGCUGUUGAGAAUGCAUGGCGCAAAGCUCAAGAAGUCUGUAACCUUGUUGGCCAAACUCUAGGAAAACCUUUAUUAAUCAAAGAAGAAGAAACCAAAGAAUGGGAAGGCCAAAUAGAUGAUCACCAGCCAUCCAGACUCUCAAGUUCAUCAACUGUACAAGAAAAAAUCAAAUGUGCAACAAUAUAUGCUGCUUCAAAAGUAUUUAUAACUUUUGAAGUAAAGGGGAAAGAGAAGAAAAAAAAACUUUGAAAUUCCAACUAAAAUAUAUUGUUUGUGUCUUUUUGUCUAUUUUUAUACUUUUUAUAAUGUUUCCUUUUGUCCUGAAUAUAUAUAUAUAUUGUAUAGUGUAUAAAGUGUUUCUCCCCAAAAUCUGUCAGUCCUUGAAUACAGUCCCACAGAAUACUUAUGUUACUUUCUAUUUUUAAAAACUUACUAUGGGAAAUACUCUUUGGAAAUAAAUGUGUUAUAUGUGCACACUUGUAUACUGACAAUUCAUAUAAGGGCAUGUGUAAGUAAUUUUUACAUUUCUAACUACAGGAAGAAAUAUUGACCGUUAUUAGCAUGAUUCUUAACAUUAAUAGAAAGAAUGAUGAGUAAUACAUAAUUUUUGAUAAAAGGGUAAUGAGGUAUACUAGGAAAAUAUUUUGAUGCCAGAAAUAAAAGACAAUAUAUGGACCAGAUCCUCCUUACCCAGGGUCCCUUUCAUUAUACCAGCACUCUCCGAUACAAAUAUAAUGCAAGCCACAAAAUUCCCUUGUAGACACAUUUAAAAAAAGUAAAAAAUAAAAAAAGAUAGAGUUGAAACUAAUUUUAAUACUUUAUUUAACCCAGUAUAUCUAAAAUAUUAUUUCAGCAUGUAAUAAAUAUUUUUUAAAUAAUUAUUGGAUGUUUUAUAUUCUUUUUUUACUAAGUCUUCAAAAUCCAGUGUGUAUUUUAUAUUACAGCACAUUUCAA